AUGGAUCAAAUCCAACACAAGUUCAUACAAGUUGACGAUGGUGUAAAGCUUCACGUAGCUGAGAUUGGAAGUGGGCCAUCAGUUGUUCUGUUCCUUCACGGAUUCCCUGAGAUAUGGUACUCUUGGCGCCACCAGAUGAUUGCUGUGGCCAAGGCUGGUUACAGAGCCAUUGCACCUGAUUACAGAGGUUAUGGAUUAUCCGACCCUCCGCCAGAACCCCAGAAGGCCAAUUUUGCUGACUUUAUCACAGACGUCCUUGCUGUCCUUGAUGCUCUGAGUAUCCCCAAGCUUUGGGACGUUAAUCGUGACAUCCAGAUAGUUUAUAGGUGUUGCGUCAUGAUUCAUUAG